ACAGACACGUAGCGAACGCGAAACGAAAUGGCUGUGUUUCUGUCAACGCGGACGUCUAACGCGCGCGUAUUUUGACUUAUUCUAAUAAAACGUACGCCAUGUUGUUUUUAUUGUGUAAAUUUUUUGACAAAAAUUUUAAUUAUUUCGUAACAAAAUAAUUUGUCUAGUGAUAAUCGUUUUCUGUGCGACACCUUUGUGUUUGCGUGUGUUUAAUAAAACGUGCAUAUAUAUAUACGUGUACGUGUGUGUGACAUUUUGUAAUAUGGCUGUAGUAGUGACGGUUUUCGAUUUUGUGUGAAAUAAUUAUUUAUCAAACGUCGAUUGAGUGUGUGCCUAUUGAGCAAUCAUCUCGAUUAGAAAACCGUUAUCGGUCGUUCGUUUUUGUAUUAUUUUAUUAUUUUUAAAUCCAUUUUAAACACUUUACAUCCAAUGAUCGUAAUAUAAUUGUUCAUAAAAAUAAAACACAAAAAUAAUUUUAGAACACCGUGAAUCGUGCUACCAAAAAUAACCGAAGAAGAUUCAGUGUUGUGUGUUAAAUGUUUAUAUUUAGUGAAAAUGUCUACGUUGAAAGUUAAAAUGAGAAUGCAAAUGCAAUUGUCGUAAAAAUAGAGAGAUAAAUGUUUUGUUUUCACGAACGUUAUUGUUUGGAAUAUUAGUUGACCGGGAAAUAAAAAUGGACAAACCUUUUUUUCGGUUGGUAGGAUCGCCCUGCGGUCAACACGGGCAGUACACCUUCUACAAGGCCCUACGUCUGACCGGCUCCAAGGAGAAGAUAAUAGCUAUAGGAGAUUUCUUCUUCGUUCGAAUAUGGCAGGACUGCGAACUGGUCUCCAUAGGUGAACUCCAAUUGCUUUGGACCGACCGGGUCUCUGAUCAGACCCUGGUCAGCCUCCGCCUGUACUUCCUGCCCGAGAACACGCCAGACGGAAGGAGUCUCCACGGAGAGGACGAAGUGUUAGCGAUAAAUGACAAAGUGGUCCUACGGGCGGAGGACCUCCUCAGCUGGAUUUGCGACGGCGAGGGGUGGCGGUGGGGUCUGAGGGCGGUGUGGCGCGGAGCGUGCGCCCCCCCAGCGGACCUCCGCCACACGCAGCCCCUACACCACACGAAAUUGGAUUUCAGCGACGUGGAACGCGAAAAAAAUAGCAUCGCUACGGACGCGGACAGUCCUGGUGUGGUGGUGUUCUCGUAUCCUCGCUACUGCAGAUAUAGAGCGCUGCUGUCCAGGCUUGAGGGGAUCCAGGCCGACUGGCUGCGGGACUCCCUGGUCGCGGCGCUUGGCGGCUACGCUGCCCCCACGAACAAUACCAGGAUACUGUAUUGUAAGGACACGUUCGAAUACCCGGAGCUCGAGGGUCACGAGUUCGUCUGCAACCACCUCGCUCCGCGGCUGAAAGGCAGGCCGAGGGGACGGCGACGGCGCGCAGCCAGGUCCAGGUCGCACUCGCCCUCGCCCUCCUCCCGGUCCAGCGACUCGGACCAGCAGAGCGGCAACCCUGAGCCCGAUACGCCGCGGCGCCUCUCUCUGCGGAACGGCGCCGAUCGGAACAGCGACGACGAGAACGAGUACCGGCGGCAGGAGACGCCCGAGGACCGGGCCUUCGUCAACCAGCUCAGGCAGUUCUACAGGGACAGGAACGAGACCUUCAAGGAGCACGCCCUCAAAGAUGUGACGCCUUUGGCCCUGUACCGCGGGGUGUGCUCGCGGGGCGGCUACCGGGCCGUGUGCCGCCGCGAGCUGUGGCCGCGCCUCCUGCCGCGCCCGGCGCUCGCCCGACGGUACUAUGAGAGGUACCUCCUCCCCUUCGAGACCUACGAGCGGAAACUGAACGGCAGCACCGAAAACAUCCCGACCAUCGAGGUAGCCGACUCCCCACAGCACUCGCCCAGCAAGAAGCCGCUGGACAGGACGAGGGUCAUCGAUGUGGACGACGAAACGGGCGAGGUCAAGGACGUGCCCGACUGCCCCGCCACCAGCCAGCCCGCCGAGGUGCUCAACCGGGAGUUCCUGGACUCGCUGGACGCGGACAGGCGCGCCGCCAAGAUCAACGUCGUGCCCGUCGAGAAGCUGAAGGACGAGAAAUGCGCCGUCAUCAACAACAACGUGCACCUGCCGAACACAUCAUCGAACGCUGAACAGACGAUAGUGAGGACGAACCCUGUGACCACCGAGCCGGUUGUCAACGGGCAUGCGGACAAUGGACCGCAGAAGACGGUCCGUCCCCUCGGUAAGAGUUCCCUCCGCGCCGUCCGAGUGAAGGCGACGCGACCUCACGCGCAGCCCGCCAGUGCACCUCCGUCGCUCCUGAGGGGAUCCCCGCCCGCCGCCGGACUCAACAACUUCGGCAUCCACCGGCCCCCGCCCGCCCCGCGCCGCGCCCCUCGCAGCGACGACGAGAUCGUGGAGGUCCCGUACAAGCCCAAGAGUCCCGAGAUCAUAGACCUGGACGAGUACCCGGAGAGUCCUCAGACCUUCAAGAAGAAGAAGCUGGAGAUACUCAAGGAGCGAGGACUGGAGGUGACGGUGCUGCCCGCGGGCCCCUGGCCGGUGCUGGCGCCCGUCGCGGCCGUGCAGCACCUCGGCUACCCGCGGCCCGCGCAGCUGUACCAGGUGUUCGGCGCGGGCCCGCCCAAGGUCAUCCAGUCCACCUCGCCCUUCGGCUGCGACGGGCCCCAGAAGACGGUCUACGGGAACCCUAAGGACCCGUUCAUGCCGCCGCCGCACGUGCUGCAGGGCGCGCCCGUGAGGCCGCAGCGAGCCCCCCCCGCCCCCCACGAGCCGCCGCACGUGCUCGACCUCACGUGCAAGCUGGGGUCGCCCGCGGGCAGCGCCGUCCGCGUCGACUCUGAUCUGGAGAUCACGCUGCUUGAGGACACGAACGCCUCGCAGAAGAGGCCGGCGCUCCGCCCCCCGUGCGGCGCGGACGGGGCGGUCGGCUACAGCUACAAGGACCCGUACGCCGCCUUCUACAACAGCCUGGCGGGGUCCGUGGACCAAAGGCAGCUGGCCAUGUACCGAGAGCUGGUCUCCACGCAGUUCCGCGGCUACGGGCUGGCGGGCCUCGCGCCCGGACACGUGCCCACCAGCAAGUGAACUCCUCGUCGCGUGCAGCCGCCGGCCGCGCGGAGGUCAUCGGAAUUGUUUUUGGGAACAAGCGCCGCGGUCGGGGCGGGCGCGCACGGCAUGGCACACGGCUGCGGCACGGCUGCGACACGGUUGCGAUACGACUGCGACACGGUUGCGACAUGACUGCGAUACAGCUGCGACAUGACUGCAAUACGGUUGCGACGUGACUGCGACACGGUUACGACACGGCUGCGGUACGGUUGCGACACGGCUGCGGUACGAUUGCGACACGGCUGCGGUACGGUUGCGACACGACUGCGAUACAGCUGCGACAUGACUGCAACACGGCUGCGGCAUGACUCUGUAUUAAACCACGAACGGUUGUUAGGUAGCAGCAAGCGCGCAGACCCGCUGUUAGCUUUUUAUACUGACGUCGUUAUGAAACAUACGACAUACGAUUUAAGGGUCAAAUUCGAAUGACAAGCUAAUCGCCGCGUUGCAGCGGUGCCGCGGCCGUGCCCGCGCGGUGUGCCAUGACGCUUACGGUGCAGCGGGCCGCCCGCCAGCCGCCGCGACUAGCUAAUGAUUUGUAGGGAAAUUGUAAUUAAUAAUUCGUGUUGUGUUUUUAUUUUUGUUUUUUGGAAAUUCCGUUGGGAGUUGUCGAUGUGGUGGAUAUAAGUGAAUAUUCGUUUUUCUUUAUUUAAAUUUAUGUUUUGUUACACGACGACGGGCGGACAGGCUCGCGGCCCGCCUGGUGGUAAGUGGACAGAGCUUGUAGACACCACAGCGUGUUCCGCCCGUGAAACCAAAACGCGAGUAUGUUUAGUGGCGGUAAGAGAUAGGAUAGUGGUGCCGGUCCGCGCGUUCUCGACUGUGACCACUUAACAACAGCCGGGCCGCGAGCUCGUCGCUCUGAAGUUAAAGCGGCACAACACAAACAAACCAACAGACUUUUAAGAAGACUACUACUAGUAAGAUUGUUUUAGAAUUCACAAUUUGUAAAUAAAUAAUUUGUUGUGAGAUAAAUGAAAAAAAAAAAAUAAAAAAAAAAUACUGUGACGGAUGUCGCAGUCAAAUCUUAAAUAUACGAUGAAUUAAUUUGAA